AUGGAAAGGUCAAGAAAGAAAAGAAAAACAUGGGACCCCAAAUUAAUUGAAGAAGCGUUGGAAGACGUACGUAAGAACAACUUAACACCAACACAGGCUGCCAGGAAGCAUGGCAUUCCUCGUACAACCCUGAAUGACAAGAUCUCGGGCAAGGGUAGGGUAGACGCACGGAAUGGAAGACGAGCUAUCCUAUCUAAGGAAGAAGAGGCCAGCCUUGUCUUCUACAUAAAGUAUCGGGUCGACAGGGGAUUUCCUAUCAACAAGAAGUCAAUACUGUCCUUAGCAUUAGCCAUACACGUGCGAGGCAGCAAAGAAGCUGGAGUCCCUCCCAAGGUAAAUCGUAAAAAGGGAUUCUCCCAGAAAUGGUGGCGAGCGUUCAAAGGUCGUAACAAGUUGACCCUAAGGAAGCCUUCCCCUCUCGACCGAGGCAGGAGGGAUUCUGUUGAUGGGGACGUGGUGAAGCAGUUUUUCACCUUGCUGAAGUCAACGCUGAGCGACAAUGGGCUGUCAGACCAGCCACACAGGGUAUAUAACGUAGAUGAGACAGGAUUCGAUCUAGACCCCCAAAAGAAGAGUGUCGAAACCUUCUCUAAAAUGGGUGCUCCAGCAGUGUCUGUGCGAAAAGGCACUCGUGAACACAUUUCUUCCAUGGAGUGCGUCUCUGCUGACGGUUCGGCAUUGCCACCGUUAGUAAUAUUCUCUAAGUCCUAUCCAAGCUCUGCGUACAAACUUGAGGGGCCCACCAACGCCCUGUACUCUACAACACAGUCUGGUUUCAUUGAAGGCGAAGUAUUCGUAGAGUGGAUGAAAAAAUGUUUUUGCCGAUUUGCGUCCCAGGAGAGACCAGUGCUUCUCCUGAUGGACCAGCACGCAGCGCACCUGACAGCCAACGCUAUCGACACUGCUCUAGCUAAUGACGUCAUCCUGAUGGGUCUUCCUCCGCACACUAGCCACUUCUUGCAGUCCCUCGACGCCCAAGGUGGACCGUUCAGCAAAAUGAAAAGCACCUUCGAGGACGUGGUCAACGAGAUGAGGCUCGUUCGUCCCAAUUUCUUCAUGACCAAAUCUGUAUUCCCCAAGGUGUACAGGGUAGUCAGAGAAAAAAGCCUGAGCAUGUCUGUCAUCAAAACCGGCUUCGAGAAAACAGGAGUGUUCCCUGUCAACGAGUCGAAGGUCGAUAGCCGCUGGCUAACACUAAACAGCCAGCCGGAGUCCCAUGACGAUGACAACGAGGAAGCUGGUGCAGAAGACGUCGAUGAAGAAGAGCCAGUCAACCCUUUCGUAAAGUGCUGA